AUGUCGAUUAAUAGCCAAAGUGAUUUGAGAUUGUCUGGUAGUAAUAACCGUCCCUCUAAUCGGCGGAAUUCCCAGAACCGACCGUUCACUGAGGAAGUAAAAACAACAUAUAAAAGGUCUUUUCGGGAUGCUAACUCCAUCUAUCCACCGUUUUGUCGAAAGUUAGACUUGAAUGUAUCAGAUUAUAUCCCCGAAGGUGAUAUCGAAUUUCCCUUUGAAGAUAUCGAUGAUGUCGGUGAUGAGAAUAAAAUUCGUGGUAAUUGGUCCUCGAGGAUGGAUUACCUCUUAUCAGCUGUUGGUUUUAUAUUUAAUUUGGGGAAUUUAUGGAGGUUCCCAUAUUAUUGUCGAAUAAAUGGUGGUGGAUCAUUCUGUUUCUGUUACAUUAUCCUAAUGUUAAUUGCCGGUGUGCCUGUUUUGUUGAUGGAACUUGCAUUAGGCCAGUUUCCAAGCAUGGGAUGUCUUUCUGUAUGGAAAGUUGUCCCACUGUUUAAAGGUAUUGGUAUUGCGAUGUUCAUGGUAUCAUGUAUCGUAUGUAUAUAUUAUAGUGCCUUUGCUGCAUGGGCAAUAUCUUAUUUCAUCAGUUCGUUCAAGUUUGCUUUGCCGUGGGCUACAUGCAGUAAUGACUGGAAUUCGAUAAAAUGCUCAGUUUGGAAUCGAGACAAUGUUGCCAGUUGCUUUCUGCAGAACGGUACGCUACUUCGUAACGGUUCCUGUCUUAUUGAUAAGGAGUAUUUGAGUGGUAAUUCAUCGGUUCUUGAAAUUGCAUCAUUUGAUGUCGAUGAACAUGUAUUACCAAGUACAGAAUAUUUACAUAACGAAGUGCUGUUAAUGUCAAAUCGUUUUGAUAAAAUUAACCCCAUCAACUGGCAUCUUGCACUAUAUUUAUUAACAGCUUGGUUUAUCGUUUUCUUAUCUGCUUUUAAAGGAGUGAAAUCGUCUGGAAAGGCCGUUUAUGUCAUCGUUAUAGCAUUAUAUAUGGUACUGUUCGUCCUAUUCGUUCGUUUUCUAACGUUACCGGGUUCUAUUUCGGGUCUUAUUUAUUUUUAUACACCGACGUGGAAAUUUUUAGCUGAUUUGACGGUAUGGGGUACAGCAGCUGGACAAGUAUUUUAUUCCUUAUUAUGUUGCACUGGUGGUUUGGUAACACUUGCGAGUUAUAACAAAUUUCACAAUAACAUUUUGAAAGAUGCUUGGAUUUUAUGCAUUGUCGAUAUUAUGACAUCAUUAUUUUGUGGGGCAUUAGCAUCUUCAGCUGUCGGAUUUUUAUGUUAUGAAUUGGAAAUUCCACUUGAGAGAUUUAGUUUCAAAGGUGGCGCGCAACUUGUAUUUGUUUAUCUGCCAGAAGCAAUUGCAAAGUUGCCAGUUGCACCAAUUUAUUCCAUAUUAUAUUUCGCAAUGAUUACGGCAAUAAUUUUAACAACAAUGAAUAUAACAAUGGAAACGAUCGUGUCAGCUAUUUGCGAUGAAUUUCCUGAACGUUUGCGUCGUAAUCAUCGCCAUGUUCUAGCCUUCACAUGUGUUAUUUUUUAUGUACUUGGUAUACCUCUCUGCGCUGCUGCUGGUCUUUACUGGUUAUUGCUACUGGAUUACUUUACAACGACUUGGACAUUGGUCUUAUUAGCAUUUUUGGAAUGUAUGGCUAUUUCAUGGGCAUACGGAGUUGACAAUUUCUUGGAUAACAUUAAAUGGAUGAUCGGUUUUUAUCCACCACCAUAUAUUGUAUGGAAGAUUUUAUGGAAAUUUGUCUGUCCUUUUAUAUAUCUUGCAUUGCUAUCGUUAGCUUGGUUUGCUUACAAACCUGUAGAAUACGAAAAAUACAAAUAUCCGAUAUAUGCGGAACAUAUUGGUUGGGGUAUUUCACUUGCACCGCUGAUUGCCAUUCCUGUGACAGCCGUGGUGAAAUUUUGUUCAACAAAAGGAACAUUUAUUCAACGAUGGUUGGAUUUAUUUUGUCCGGAAAAUGAAUGGGGUCCAGCGUUGGCUAUUCAUCGUGCUGAAUAUUAUCCCUUGCAAAUCCCUGAGGCCAGACGGCUUAUUCUGCCGCCGCAGAAAGAGCGUACUAAUGGUUACGACGGCCUUAUACGUUCCAACGAAAUUAUAGGAAAACAGAAAGUACAAACUGACUCAACAUCGGGAACGUAUAUUGGGAAAAUGACUUCCUUACCUGCAUUCGAGCGUGAAACUGCUAUUUGA